UCCACUGCCAUCAUGAACCCAAAGCUCCUCUUCUUUUGCCUCUUCCUAGCAGUGCUCCUCAUACCAGCAGAACUGAAACAUGAAAAGCACAAGAACCGUCAUGAGCAUGGGCAUCCUGAACAUCCUAAACAUAAAAAAAUAGGAAGAUUUAAGGACAUAAUUGAAGACGCCUUCUUUGAGAUCAUAGACAGAGUUGGUGAUAGUGAUGAUGACGAUGACGAUGACCAAAGUAAUUCAGACUGGCUUUUUGAACUUCAAGAGCCAGAAGGCCAAUGCAAUCCAAACCCUUGCCAGAACAAUGGAGUGUGUGAGCAGAAAGGCAAGAGAAGAUUCAAAUGUGAUUGUCCCAGGCCUUACAAGGGAAAGAGAUGCGAGAGAGGUCCUAAAAUUUGUCGAAAGGGUACAUGCGGGCGUGGUGAAUGCGUGCUGACCUUAACUCACCCGUUCUAUCAGUGCAAAUGCAAGUUGCCCUUCCAGCCUCCACACUGCACAAGUUUUUCACUGUGUGAGCCUAAUCCAUGUAGGAAUGGAGGAAUAUGCAUCAAGGAUGGUAAUGACUUUCUCUGCCGGUGCCCUCAAGGGUACAGAGGACAUUUUUGCCAUGUUGCCCCAGGUGACUGCUAUGUGGAUGAUGGAGAGUCAUAUAGGGGCAAUGUCACUGAGACAGAUGACGGCUAUGAAUGCCUGUACUGGAACUCUCACCUCGUCCUGGAGAAAGGAGCUGAUCGCAAGUCCUUUGAGAACAAAGAUGGACUUGGGCCUCACAACUUCUGCAGAAACCCAGACGGAGAAAGGAUGCCCUGGUGUUUCUUCAGACGAGGCCACAGGUUGCUGUGGGACUACUGUGAUGUCACAAAGUGUCCUAAACCAACAGGUAUUGCGCCAACAGAAGUUGUCCCUACAAACCCUGAUCCCACUUCUCUCCAGCCCGAACCUACGAAACCUGAACCUACGAAACCUGAAUCUACAGCAACCACAAGGCCAGCAACUUCCACUCUCCCAACGACUGAGAAUCCCACCCAGGUUCCACAACCUUCUUUUGCACCUACUGAUGUUCCUUUCAUCCCCGAUGCCACCACUUCACCGCUACAGUUCACCAUGUGUGGGAUGCCACAGCCGAAAAAGCCCAUUACCCGAAUCUUUGGGGGUCUGAAGGUCGCUCCUGGGGCUUUACCCUGGCAGGUUUCCUUGCAAGUAAGACCAAAGAACUCCAACCAGGCAUUCAGACACACGUGUGGAGGAGUUCUCAUCGCAAGCUGCUGGGUACUGACAGCUGGACACUGCAUUGAUCAAAAGAAGGACAUGAAGGUGGUUAUGGGGAGUCUGUCACUGAAUACGGACGAGUCAGCAAGGCAAACAAUAAAAGUGGAAGAGGCUAUUCUACAUGAGAACUACAGGGAGACUACUAAAGCGGUUUACAAUGAUAUAGCCUUGUUGAGGUUGAACGGCACUGGUGGAGUUUGUGCCAAUGAGACCCAGUUUGUGAAGACAGCCUGUCUGCCUGAUGCCCAACUGCCUGAUGGGAUGGAGUGUACCAUUUCCGGAUGGGGUGCCACUGAGCAAUCUGACUAUGGCUCCAACAACCUGUUGGAAGCUAAUGUACUGCUAAUCAACCAACAAAAGUGCUCUGAACCCGCUAUUUAUGGCAGAGUCCUGGAUAAUACUAUGUUCUGUGCUGGCCACCUGCAGGGAGGGGUGGAUUCCUGCCAGGGUGACUCUGGAGGACCACUGACUUGUAACCCGAACAAUACCCAUGUAAUUUAUGGUCUGGUGAGUUGGGGAGACCAAUGUGGAAGGAAGAACAAGCCUGGGGUCUACACAAGGGUCACUCACUUCCUGGACUGGAUCAAGUCAAAGACUCAAGCAGCAUCUCCAUAAUCAUUUCUGUUACUCAGCAACAUGCCAACCAGUGUAGCUAAGGACUUGGUUAUUAUGCAAGUCUUUUGCAAGCCUAUCAUGAUUUAGCUUUUACAUUUUGUGCAGUUUUAUCUGGUAUAUCCGUUUUCAUGUCUACAACAUUGUUUUAAAUUCAAAUGCUACUUAAAACUGACGAAGCAUUUUGAUCAAAUUGUGCUGUCAGAAGCUUCCAAAACCAUAUAUUAAAAAUGACACACAUAAGCAGUCACACAUAAAGUGUGACUGCUCAGCCCUGUUGUCUUAUUAAAGAAGCAUUUCUCAG